UCACGUGCGCUCGCAUGGAGUUAGGAAGAGGUCCAUUAAAAGAUCAUUUUGCCGGUUAUCUUGAAGAUGAUAGUGACCUGGAGUAUUCUGAUUGCUCUGGAGGAAGCUCGGGAGAUGAAGAAAAAGAAGAUCAAUCGUUAGGAGAAAAUGGAGACGAUACUAAUCAGUUAUUAUUGAUUCCCUCUCGUUCUAAAAGUUGUAAAGAAAGCGUCACAGAAGAAGACGAGUUUGAUCAAGAGAUGGAUAAAGAGGCUGACCUGCUCCUAGCUAAUCUUUUAAAUCAGUCAAAAUCGCAUCAAAAUCAGUCGCCAUCGUCAUCUCAUGUUAGGGGAUUAGAGGAAGCUCCACCCAUAACGACAGAGGGCGUGGCUGAGGGGAAUAAAGAAAAGAAUAAAAAGGUUGAGUAUUAUGAUGAGAUAUACUUUGAUUCAACCAGUGAAGAUGAAGCACCUGUACAAGGUCUAGAGAUGAAGAGCAAGUCAAAGACAAAGAGAAAAGUUCGCAAGCUAACAAACGACGAGUUAUUUUAUGACCCUAACCUUGAUGAUGAAGAUGAGAAGUGGGUGGAGAAACAAAGAAGAACUUACAGAAAUGCAAAGGAAAAGUCUUUUAAGAAGAAGGGUAAAUCUACAGAUGACUCAGCUCCUAAUGAUGCUGCAUGUACUUCAGAUGCUGUCUUGAAUUGUCCUGCUUGUAUGAGCACUCUAUCACUGGAUUGUCAAAGGUUUGUUCUCAACUGCAAAGUGAUAAAGGACGAGGUACUUCACUACAAGACAAAACCAGAGAAGAGAAAGAGAGGGAGGAGAGACCAAGAGAGCAGUCAUCAACCCAGUGAUGCCAGUGCCCCCAGUGAUGAGGUCUAUAAUCCUGUGAAAUGUUCAGUUUGUGAUACUGAAGUUGCUGUGCUUGAUAAUGAACAGGUUUUUCAUUUUUUUAAUGUCCUAGCUAGUCCACCUUGAUGAUAAUUAUAAUUAUUAUAAUUAAUAUGUGUCAGAAAAUAUCCUGAUUAACAAGCCAA